AUGGGCGAUGGCGACGGUAUCAAAGACAGCGAGGAACGGCCCCCUCGUCUUGCACUCAUAACGCCCUCGCUUUCUCCUCCGGGCUCGCGUAUCGCACCGGCCACAAAAUCUCGCAAUGUUGCAAACAGGGCGCCCCCGGCGAAGCGCCCUCGGCUUGCGUCCACUCCCUCCAGUUCCAUCUCGCUACCAAGCUCGUCGGCUUCUGAGACGCCAUAUCACAUCCGUGAAAGCAUCAAGGCCUCUUCAUUACGCCUCCUAGACUUCUGGGCUCAGCUUGGUGAACGAUAUGACCGGCCGCUCGACGAAGAUGAUAUUAUUGACCUGCGGGACGGCACCAUUGUCAAAGACCGCGGCGUUCUCCGCGGGUCGCCCACGAAAUAUGAGAUGGGAUACUUUGCAGGGGAUGAGCCAUCUUCGGACGCCAAUGACGCGAGUAGCGACGGGGGUGGGCUACAUACUGAAGGUGAGGAUGAGGAUGUGGAUGACCUUGACUUGUUCGCGCCGGAGGCGAACAUCUCGGACGAGCUCAAACUGGAGAGAGAGAAACUGCAGGCACGCCGCGAAAUCCCAAUGGAUCCCGCCGACGAAGAGGAUUUUCGAGAAUUUAUGGAGGCCGAGAGGCGAAGGAGAGAGUUGCAUGGCGAUGCUGACGAAGACGACGAUCUGGAAGAGUCACAGGUCUAUCAUCAAAUCUCUCCUCACUCAAAAAAUCCUAUUGCAGCCUUUACGCGGGAUGAUAUUUCCCGAGAACGCGUCCGCUUGGAAAGGCCAUUACCGCGUGCCACAGAGGUGGCAAACGACGAUCCUGAAUACGAGCCCAAAUUUGUCUCAAACCCGCGACGGUCCCUUGCUCAGUAUGACGACCUCUCCGAUGACGAGCUUGCAUCAUGGGACAUUGACUACACUACCCCGGUGAAACGACAACCAGUAACUCCCAAAGCUGCCCCAAAGCUGGGCGUUAUUGACCUCACGGGUUCGCCAUCAUCCUCGCCCCCUCGGCCACCCAUAAGACGCGGGAGGUCACAGUCAAGGGCUCCUCCGCAAAAGGCUCGGUCGGCACGGCAAGCGCAUUCGAAGUCAACGCCAGAUACCUCAAAGACGCCUGCGCGACAGAAGUCUAGUAUGCCUCCUCCGCCCCUUCCUCUAAGUCCUGUGCGACAGCUCUUUACUCCUCCUUUAUCCUCCUCGUCUGUCACUGCGAGCACCCCUGACCUCUCACAAGCUUCCGAACCGCCGUUAUCAUCUCCUUCUCCUUCACCACCUCCGCGGCCAAAGCCCAGACCGCGAUACAAAGGCGCAAUUGCGAAGACUGGUCGUAAGCCUGGGAGCAGCUCUCAAUGUGCCAGUAGUCCUAUUUCCCACGCGAUUGCUUCAUCAACCGAUGCAGAAGAACAGGCUGGGUCUUCAAGACUGAAGCGGAAACCCUCUAAACACUCCCUGAUUCCCGAAGUUCUGAUUACGCGCAGAUCACAGAGUGCUAUGCCGAUGAGAGCAUUGGUAGAGCACGAGGCCAGCUCUGCUAUGGAAGCUCGGGACCACCAUGUGGAUAACGAUGGCACAGCCGCCGACUUGAGUGUCCCACACAGAGAUAAAGGCAAAAAGCGACAAGUCUCUGUACGCCCAGAUGUUCCUCACAAUGAACCAGAAGACCCCAGUUUAAAGCAGAGCAAUUCGAGUUCAAGAUUACCUUCGGAUGACGAAGACGAUUUCCUUGUGCCUCCGUCGAUGCCGCCGCGGAGUCGAAAGCGCAAACGCAUUGUCUCAUCAUCGUCUUCAUCAGGCCGAUCCGAGCAAAGAGGAUCAAGCCCAAACUCGCCCUCGGAUGUUCCAAUUCGAAGUCGUCGAAGCACUCGAGAGGCCGGUCCGUCUUCCACUCAGCGCGCAUCCGACAAAGCUCCGGAACGCAAGCCCGCGUCGCCUCAGCUGAGGUCGGACGACGAAAGUGUGAGUUUCGUCACACAGACGGCGGUCGGAAACGGGGUACCUCUCGGCCCACCCGCGCCCGAUCUCGUACCCCUCGUAUACCCUCGUCGGACCCCACAUCAUUGCCCUAUUCUUCCCGCCACCAAGAACACCGCGCUGCUUAUUACCCUCCUCACCCUCCGAGUGAUCCUCAGAUCGAACAGAUUGCACGUGUCGUCAUGUCUUACAUCGCCAGUGCUGCUGUCGGCGGGCAUGGUCCGGCGCCAGGGUAUUCAUAUCCAUCCCCGUUCUAUAUGCCGGGUCCGCAGUGGCCCCCUUGGACGCCGACUAGAAACAGGCCUCCUGAAUCUCGCUGGGAACAUUACCGCCCUCUUCUCCUCCGAACUCGUCCUCGUCCCCCAUACCGAUGCCGCGAGCGAGUUCCCUCGCGAGGGGGAGGAUGAAGACGAAGAUGCUGGACACGCACAAGACGCGCCACUAUCAUCGCGGGCGAGUCGUAGUGAAAUACCGGCGAAUCGCUUCAGGAGGCUGGGCGCUCGGGCCACAAGCGUAAAUGCAGAGGUGGCCACACUGAGCGAAGCGCCGAAGAAGUCCGACAAAGGGAAGGGGAAGGCACUCGUGGAUCCUGCGAGUGACCCAGACGACUCUGAAGAAGAUGCCCCUUUGGCACGUCGGGGGAGACGACACGAAAGAGGUUGCACUCCAGGCCCUCCGUCACAUCGCGAGAGGCUUGCGCGUGCGAGUGCGAAGAAGGCUGCGUGA